AAGCCUAGCGAUGCAAACAGGCUUCAGGAUCUCGAGGAAAAACAUGAUGAAUCCUCGAUGAGUUCUUGUCUCUCAAGUAAAUAGAAUUACCGCUCAGACUGCAAAUCGACGAGUUCUUGGGAUCCGGAGGCAGUUUCGCGCGGCAAUUUUCCGGUACCCGCUCGAGGCCCGGCCUUACUCUUUACGGAAGUCACGUGAAGCUGGAGCAACGAAGGACAGUCGGGGCGAGGCGCUCGGGUUCCUCCUGGGACAUCUAGCUUGCCGACACUGCCCAAAAAAACCUCUCCUCCGAUCUUCCUCUCCCAGACUUCAUCACCCAUCUCCACCUCCAUCCUCACAUUCGCUGCUUGCAUCUCUCAAGAUGUUCAAGAGCGGCCUUUCCUCCUUCGCGAGAGCGGCUCGCCCUACCUUCUCGGCCGUCCCCCGGCGCGCCGUGAAGCCGGCUGCCCUCAGAUUCCCUCUCAGCAGCCGAUUCGCAAGCACACAGAGCGUUGGUGAUGGCAAGAUCCACCAGGUCAUUGGUGCCGUCGUCGACGUCAAGUUCGAUGGCCAGAAGCUCCCUGCCAUUCUGAACGCCCUCCACACCGACAACGGUGGCCAGAGACUUGUCCUCGAGGUUUCUCAACAUCUUGGUGAGAAUGUCGUCCGCUGCAUUGCCAUGGACGGUACCGAGGGUCUCGUCCGUGGCGCCAAGGCCAGCGACACUGGUGCCCCCAUCACCAUCCCCGUCGGCCCCGCCACUCUUGGUCGUAUCCUGAACGUCACUGGUGACCCCAUCGACGAGCGUGGUCCCGUCAAGACCGACAAGUUCUUGCCUAUCCACGCCGAGCCCCCGGAGUUCGUCGAGCAGUCUACCUCUGCUGAGAUUCUCGUCACCGGUAUCAAGGUCGUCGACCUCCUCGCCCCCUACGCCCGUGGUGGAAAGAUUGGUCUGUUUGGCGGUGCUGGUGUCGGCAAGACCGUCUUCAUCCAGGAGCUCAUCAACAACAUCGCCAAGGCCCACGGUGGUUACUCCGUCUUCACCGGUGUCGGCGAGCGUACCCGUGAGGGUAACGAUCUGUACCACGAAAUGCAGGAGACCUCCGUCAUUCAGCUCGAGGGCGAGUCCAAGGUCGCCCUUGUCUUCGGUCAGAUGAACGAGCCCCCGGGAGCCCGUGCCCGUGUCGCUCUUACUGGUCUGACUAUUGCUGAGUACUUCAGAGAUGCUGAGGGACAGGAUGUGCUCCUCUUCAUCGACAACAUUUUCCGCUUCACCCAGGCCGGUUCCGAGGUGUCUGCCCUACUGGGUCGUAUCCCCUCUGCCGUCGGUUACCAGCCCACCCUCGCCAUCGACAUGGGUGGUAUGCAGGAGCGUAUUACCACCACCACCAAGGGUUCCAUUACUUCCGUCCAGGCCGUCUACGUCCCUGCUGACGAUUUGACUGACCCUGCCCCGGCCACCACCUUCGCUCACUUGGACGCCACCACUGUCUUGUCCCGUGGUAUCUCCGAGUUGGGUAUCUACCCCGCUGUCGACCCUCUCGACUCCAAGUCUCGUAUGCUCGACCCCCGUGUCGUCGGCCAGGAGCACUACGACACUGCUUCCCGCGUCCAGCAGAUCCUCCAGGAGUACAAGUCUCUCCAGGAUAUCAUUGCCAUUCUUGGUAUGGACGAGCUGUCGGAAGCUGACAAGCUUACCGUCGAGCGUGCCCGUAAGAUCCAGCGUUUCCUGUCGCAGCCCUUCACCGUCGCCCAGGUCUUCACUGGUAUCGAGGGUAAGCUCGUCGACCUCAAGGACACCAUUGCCUCCUUCAAGGCCAUCCUGGCUGGUGAGGGUGACAGCCUUCCUGAGGGUGCUUUCUACAUGGUUGGUGACUUCGCGUCUGCCAAGGAGAAGGGUGAGAAGAUUCUUGCCGACCUCGAGAAGAACUAAGCGAUUGGCGGAGUGGAAUCUUCGUGAUCUAGACGCUGCCCCGGAGUGGUGUUCUGUGUAUAUCUAGAAAAGGAGAGCGCCCGUGGUCGAGGAGUUUUUAGCUCAAUCGAGUUCCCUUUGUGAACUGUAUACCAAAAAUCCACUAAUUCCUUUGAGUCUUGAA